AACGGAGGGCAGGCAAUGGGUACUGGAAUAGUGGCAGGGCUUAGUGCGGUUUCGCAGGGGAAGGUUUAGGGAGCUGUCACCAUCUCCAGCUUCCGGUUCCGGUUUUCAAGCUUAACGGGCCUCCGUCGCUAUGGAGGAACCGGAGAUGCAGCUCAAGGGGAAGAAAGUCACAGACAAGUUCACCGAGAGCGUCUACGUCCUGGCCAAUGAGCCGUCUGUGGCCCUCUACCGGCUCCAGGAGCAUGUGCGCCGCUCUCUGCCAGAACUGGCCCAGCAUAAGGCCGACAUGCAACGGUGGGAGGAGCAGAGCCAGGGAGCCAUCUACACAGUGGAGUACGCCUGUAGUGCCGUGAAGAACCUUGUCGACAGCAGCGUCUACUUCCGCAGUGUGGAGGGGCUCCUCAAACAGGCCAUCAGCAUCCGGGACCACAUGAACGCCACCCAGGGCCACAGCCCCGAGGAGUUGCCCCCACCCUCCUCGGCCUGAUCCCAGAAGAGACUUGGAGGUGCUUUGGCCCCUCCAACCAGGUCAUAGGCCCUGUCCUGAUCCCAAGGACUCCUCCUGAACAGAGUGGGUCCAUAUUUCCCUGCCUGCCGCAUGCCAGCUGCUUGCCUUACUUACGUACCUUCUCUCAGACAGAGCCCGGCAUGGCGAUUACCACCCAACUCUGGACUCCUCGCUCCACCACUGACCUGCUGUGUGACCCUGAGCAAGUCACCCCCCCUCUCUGGUCUCUGCUUUUCCUUCUUGGAAGUGACUCACCAGGUGGCAGAGGCGGCAGUUUUCCCGCUCCUGCCUGUAACCCCCAGGCCAGCCGUAAUGUCCCCUUUGCUGCCCGGGGAUUCCUGCCCUGCAUCAGCAUGUUUCCUUGGACCAAUAACUGCCACCGUGUUGAUCCCCAUAGAUUACACUGUGCUGGGCUCUGCAAUGGUCAUCUCUCAUCCUCAGCCCCAUAGGCAGGUGUCGCCCUCAGAUACAGAUGGGAAAAUAAAUGCAGAGGUGGUGUGACUUGGGCAAGGCCACACAGCUAAAGGAGA